CUCAAAGAAGAUUCCCCGAUGGUCUUCAGUUUCCUACAAGACUGACAUCACCUGCCAGCACGCCACGUGUCCCAGCAACUCCACGUGCAUGCCAACGAGUGACAGCAAGGGCGUCACCUGUCCAUGCAACCAAGGAUUCGCUGCUGUCAAUGGCACUUGCCGAGACUUGUGUGAUGCGGUGAAUUGUGGGGCUGGUGGCAACUGCACGAGGGAUGCGAAUGGAAAGCCAUCCUGCAGUUGCAACACGGGUUUUAAGCCAUCUUCUGACGGGCUAUCUUGCAUUGACUUGUGUGAUGAUGUCAAGUGUGGGCCUGGAGGCAACUGCACCAAGGAUGCAAACAGAAAGCCAUUUUGCAGUUGCAAUGUGGGCUUCAAGCCGUCUAACGAUAUGCUCUCUUGUAUUGGGGUCUCGUUGCCUGCAGACAACUGUGCUGCAGUGAAUUGCGGUGCCAAUGGCAAGUGUGUGAGGAAGGACAACGGCGAUCCCACCUGCGAGUGCGACUCGGGCUUCUGGAUGCCUCCGAACGAACUGCGUUGCGUUGACAACUGUGCUGCAGUGGAUUGCGGUGCCAAUGGCAAGUGUGUGAGGAAGGACAACGGCGAUCCCACCUGCGAGUGCAACUCGGGCUUCGAGAUGCCUCCAAACAAACUUCGUUACGUUGACAUGGCUUGCUACGUGUUGGGUUGCGAGCCAGAUGGGGUUUGUGUGAACAGCACCGAAGGGAUCCGCUCUUGCAAAUGGGAGUCACCGUGCGGCUCAUGCCCCUUGGGGGCCACGUGCAAGACCGCCCAUACAAGUCGCCAUGAAGAGGCGGACGUGCCAUACUGCGAGUGCCCUCCCAACUAUGGCAUGACCGCAACAGGAUGCAUUGAGAGUAAGAUUCAAGAGAAAGCUGAGAGCUUCGAGAUGUCUCGUUAUCUCGAGACGACUGUCGGGGUGAAGUAA